AUGGUCGAUCGCAUUGAGAAGCACGGCAGCGACAAGAUGUCAGCCAUGACAUUCCAGACGAUGCGUUCUUGUGUUUUCUAGCGCGAAGUGACUAUUUGUGCAAUCGUGAAUGGUGAUUUGUGCGUCGUAAUCAACCCUACGGCACCCGGCGUCGGCCAUGAAGACGAUGAUCCUGACGAAUGUCGCCUCGGCCGCCAGUUACACGCAAGCGAUGAGAAGAUGUUAUUGCGAAGGACACUGUCCACAUGGAAUGCCCAGUAAUGGUACCUGUGAGGUGCGACAGGGCGGUAGCUGUUUUGCCGCCAUCGAGGAAGUGUACGACCCAGAGACUCGAACCUACGAUGAGGAGGUCACAUAUGGCUGCCUGCCUCCAGAUGAGGGUGGACUCAUGCAGUGCAAAGGCAAUUGUCCCCAUCUACGUGGCAAGUCAAUCGAAUGCUGCGAGCAUAUGGACCUCUGUAAUCAGGAACUGCGGCCACAUUACGAGCCACGCACCACAACUCCAGCACCUUCGAUGUUGGCGAGUGGCGAUGUUGUGCCGUUAAUUGUUCUCCUCACAUCGAUCACCGUGUGUCUCACGGUCUUCCUCAUCAUCUUUGCGGUCUAUUAUUUGCGGAUACGCAAGCAGGAUAACCGUUCCAAGCAGUCGUACUACGAGAAGAAGUGUCCAGACAAGAUGCCCCUUGACGUGACCGGCGCACUCACAAACCGCGACCAGAGUUCUGGUUCCGGCAGUGGUUUACCCAUCCUUGUUCAGCGUACGAUCAGCAAACAGAUUCAGAUGGUGCAGAGCGUUGGCAAGGGUCGCUACGGCGAAGUAUGGCUGGCGAAAUGGCGCGGUGAACGCGUUGCUGUCAAAGUCUUCUUCACCACCGAGGAGCAGUCGUGGUUCCGUGAGACCGAGAUUUAUCAGACCGUAUUGAUGCGCCACGAGAAUAUCCUUGGUUUUAUUGCCGCCGACAUCAAGGGUACUGGUUCAUGGACGCAGAUGCUGCUCAUCACCGACUACCAUGAGCACGGCUCAUUGCACGACUAUCUGCAGAACAACGUUCUCACCCCGCACAGCCUGCUCUGUAUGGCGGCGAGUAUUGCUUCCGGUCUUUCCCACCUGCACACCGAGAUCUACGGUACGCGCGGAAAGCCAGCAAUUGCGCACCGCGACAUUAAAAGCAAGAAUAUCCUCGUCAAACGCAACCUCGAAUGUUGUAUCGCUGAUUUCGGACUGGCCGUCAAGUAUCUGAGCGAUACGAAUGAAAUUGACGUACCACCGAAUGAGCGCUCCGGUACAAAACGUUACAUGGCGCCGGAGAUUCUAGACCGCUCGAUUAACAUAAACAACUUCGAUGCGCAUAAGAUUGCCGAUAUGUACUCGUUUGGGCUGGUGUUGUGGGAGAUGUCACGGCGCUGCAUCACCGGUGACAAGAUCGCCGAGGUUGACCCAUAUCAGCUGCCGUACUACGAUGUCGUCCCAAAUGAUCCCAGUUUCGAUGAGAUGCAGGAAUGUGUGUGCGAGCGCCGGUACCGGCCGCGGAUACCCAAGCGCUAUGAGGGCGAAGACGUGCUCGUCACCAUGAGCAAAAUCAUGCAGGAGUGCUGGCACAGCAAUCCGGCGGUGCGGCUGACGGCUCUGCGCGUGAAGAAGACGCUCGGCAAGCUCGACGUCGACACGACGAUCAAGAUCGUCUAGUUGCUAGCUUUAAUAUUUUAGCGCAGUAACUCUUACUCUAACACAAAAGUUUAAUUAGGCUUAACGUAAUCUGUACAUAGUAAUGUCAAGUAAUUAUUUUUAAUUCUUAAAUAUUUUGUAUAUACUUUCAUUCAUUUUAUGUGCCAUGCGCGACUAAUCGUCAGUAUUUAUGUUUGCUAUGCGGAGCGUCGUGGCGGGCGGCUUAUUGAUUUGCAGAAUACUCACCCUUGUACAAACUCGAGCCCGGGGACGGUAUCGCCUACGCCGUCGCGAAUCUCUGUAGACUUUUCACUGGUUAUAAUCGAGCACCGUUAUUUCGUUCGACAAGUUUAUACCUCUGUAUUAUAAGCUCAACGUCGUAGGCCGUGUGACAAGAGUCGUGCAUUUAAAUUCGAUAUACAAUUUCGCUAAUUUUAAUAACUAUGUAUAUAGACUAAGUUUACAUAAAUGACAAAAUCUGCAACACAUAAACAAUGCAUACGUCUAAAAUGUAUAAUAUUCAAAACUAAGUAGGACCAACAUUAUAAACAAGGAAAUAAAUAAACGAAAACGGAUGUAAUGUGUAACUAGAAUGUUUUAGUACUAAUGUGUGCAAAGACUGAAUUAUAUAUUAUAUAAAAAUA